AGGAGCGGUACCGUGCGUGGUAGAGUGCUGAGCCAGUCAUGCCGUGUCUUUAGUCGUGCGUGUUUCUUGCCUGCAUAACACCGUCAACAAAAAGGGUGCAGGCCACGUGCCAGUUCAGCAUGCUCCGAAUAUGUCUGGUACUCUCCACCCUUUGGCUAAUACACGUCUAUGCUAACAAUCGUCACGGGUCUCUGGCGCGCCGCCAAAUUUCGGCGCACCCCGUCUUCCUGCCCCGGUGCAAAUACGACGAGCACAUAAUUAAGAACGAGGCUAAACUCCAAAAGCAGAUCGAUCUCGCCAAUUUUGUCUUCACGGGGAAAGUGACGAGCGACGUACAGUAUCCUAACAAUCGCACGAUCGCCUUCACGGUCUUCGUUAAGCGAUAUUUCAAAAAUAACGCAGGAUUAAAGGACAAUCAGGAAGUGAGAGUGCUGAAAACUUUGUACGAUGGCGAGGGAGUUAAGUGCAGACAAGUAUUAAGAUAUAGGUACAUGGCCAUCUUUAUAGGCCGAAAACCGGAAAAGCUCCAGGAAGCGGAUGUUCAUCUCACUAUUAGCCCCGUUCCAGUUACACUAACUAAUCUUGACAGGGUUAGCGCCGCUACUAAAGCAAAAUUCAAAGUCUCUUUUUUCCUUAAUGACGAAAACAAACUUCUGUUGGAUAGCGGCCUGGCUAGUCCACAACAUGCAAAUUUGAUGCACAAACCGCGACAGCACUAUAUAGAAGAACCCUGCGAGAAAACUUUUUGCGCUUGGGGAGCUGACUGUAUCGCCGGUCCCGAUGGUCGCGCCCUCUGCCAGUGUCCAACACGUUGCAAGCAGAAGGUCGACCUAGUCUGCGGAACUGAUGGAAAGACUUACGCUAAUCGCUGUCAACUCCGUGUGGCAUCUUGCAAGGCUCGACUUAACACCAGGGUUAAACAUGAUGGGGAAUGUGAGCAAAACGAUCCUUGUAGAGACAAGCAAUGCGGUUUUGGGGCACGAUGUGUGGUCUCCCCCGAUGGCCGCAAUGCCAGCUGCGUCUGUCCGGAUAAAUGCCCCAGCUACGGAGAUCACACCACCUCUCGCCCCGUCUGUGGAAGCGACGGCGUGGAUUACAAAAACCAAUGCGAACUCCAAAAAGCCGCCUGCACUUCGAACGCAAACAUCACAGUCAAGUUUCUCGGGAAGUGCGAUCCUUGUGCCGGAGUGGAAUGUGCAGAACCCGAAGUAUGUCAGUUGGACGAGCAUCGCAACCCCGUCUGUAGAUGCGGGGACAGUUGCCCUCUCGAAUUCACUCCCGUUUGCGGAUCGGACGGAAAAACCUACUCGAACGAAUGCACGCUACGACAGGAAGCCUGCAGGGCAAGGAAAAACCUGAAUAUCAUAUACCGCGGAAAAUGCAGCUCAGGUAUAAAUCCGUGCAUGAGCGUGCGAUGUACUUUGGGCGAAGAAUGCGCCAUAAAUAAAUUUGGCAUAGCACAUUGUCAGUGCCCACCCACGUGCGAGCCCAUCAUGAGGCCCGUUUGUUCGAAAGACGGCCGAACAUUUCCAUCAGAUUGCGAACUGAAAAGAACGGGCUGUCUGACGAGGACUACCAUUGAAAUAUCGUACGCUGGGGUCUGCGGAGAGAAAGGACCAUGCAGCGAGCACGUAUGCCAAAAUGGAGCAACAUGCGUCGAACGGUUCGGCAUAGCGCACUGCGAAUGUCCUGUGUGUCCUGCCGAAUUUGAACCUGUCUGCGGUUCCGACGGCAUAUCGUAUGGCAACGAAUGUAAGCUAAGACUGGAGGCUUGUAAGCAUCCGCGCGAUAUUACAGUCCUUUACGACGGUCCUUGUAACGGUUGCGAAAACAAAAAAUGCGACUUCUACUCAGUCUGCGAACGUGACACCGCGACGGAAGGACGCUGCGUUUGCCCCAAGUCAUGUACGGAUCCAAAGCUCAACGAUGGAACCGUUUGCGGCACAGAUGGAGUGACUUACGCAAACGAAUGCGAACUCCGCAUGACCUCCUGUAAAACGAAGCAGUACAUUUUGGUCGCGUAUAAAGGAAACUGCGAUUUAUGCCAGGACGUGGAAUGCAAAUACGGAGGGAGAUGCGAAGCCGGAGAGUGCGUUUGCCCGACGAAUUGCAAAGGCUCAGGUGACGAGCCGGUGUGUGCAUCAAACAUGAUGACAUUCCCCAACGAGUGCGAGUUGCAGAAAGCGACGUGUUUACAGCCGACGAACUCUCCCCCUCUAACCGUGGUGUUCUACGGUGACUGUCGCGAAAGGUUUCCAGUGGCGGGAUCUCUCAGUACGACUCUUUCCCCCUUCACGGCUCAAACUAACAACGUUGGCCCGGGCACGGACCUCGAUACGGUCGGUCCGGAGAAUACGAUUCCGGACUUGUCCACGGCCGAAAAAGAAGCCUGCCGUGAUAUUCAUUGCGAUUUCGAAGCGACGUGCGAAUUAGGCCCGGACAACUUUCCACGUUGCACCUGUCAGUUCGAUUGUGCCGGUGCCGCACUCGUUUCUGCCUCGAAGCCCGUUUGCGCCUCCGACUUGCGAAUCUAUCCUUCGCUUUGCGCCAUGAAGAUGGAAGCAUGUCAAAGGCAGGAGGAGUUGCGGUUGAGGCCACUCGAUCUCUGUCAAGGAAUGGAAGUAAAGCCAUGCAAUGGCGAAAAACCAUUAACAGAUCCCCUCACAGGAAAGGAAUUAGAUUGCGGAAGCGGUCCUAAAAGACAAGAUUGUCCUUCCGGUAGCUACUGCCAUCAAACGACGCGCUUUUCGAGGUGUUGUCCUAAAGAUCAAAGUCUCAUGGAACAAAAGAGUUGCGAGGAUACUUGGUACGGUUGCUGUCCGGACGGGAAGACUCCCGCUCAAGGUCCGAGUCACGCUGGAUGUCCUUCGCUUUGCGGAUGCAACAAACUCGGGUCUUACUCCGACACGUGCGAUCCUGAAACACAACAGUGUAGGUGCCGACCGGGCGUAGGUGGUGCCAAAUGUGAUCGAUGCGAACCUGGAUAUUGGGGCUUGCCAAAAAUCUCCUCGGGCCAUCACGGUUGCAUCCCUUGCGGUUGUUCCACUUUCGGCUCGGUCCGAGAAGACUGCGAGCAGAUGACGGGAAGGUGCGUAUGCAACCCGGGAGUGCAAGGCCAGAAGUGCACCGUCUGCACCAGCCAUAACAAAGUUCUGGGUCCUAACGGUUGCGUACCAGCGGAUCUGACUACGUCGCCCCCGACGACGUGCAAAGAAUUGACUUGUUAUUUUGGAGCAACAUGCGUCGAACGGGGUGGAUUUGCUAUAUGCGAAUGUCAUACGGAAUGCCCUCAAGAAAAUGACGCUCAAGUCGUGUGCGGAAGCGACGGACAAACGUAUCCGUCGGCGUGCGAACUGCGACAGGUAGCUUGUCGGCUCCAAAAAGAUAUAGUUGUGCAGGCUUUCGGAACUUGCAAGGAGGACAUGUUCCCGAGCACCGAUUGGCCCGUGCGCCGUUAUACACCACUGCAGUUUACGCAACCCGACGAUUCUAAUUCGCCUUUAUCAAAAUCGACACGACAUCUACUAGUUCCCGAUCCUCGUUACUACUACGAGAGGAGCGGAUCUAUUAUGCGACCCGUUCAAGGAGUCUCUUAUCCUGCUGAAACAGAUAAUAAAGCUGCUUCCGAAAUAAACGUAUCUGCCACAGGACCUAAUGCCAUUUACAAUACCCGCGGUGGAAACUACGCCCCAGCAUACCGUCCGACCCCUGCAACCGUUCGCGUCGUAACGGCCCUCCUAGGCGAUCUCUGUUCAGAUAACUCCGAUUGCAUGAUAAUGUAUAGCCACUGCGUAGCUGGAGCGUGCGCUUGUCUUCCCGAUCAUUCCGAAUCGUCGGAUCGUCAAGAGUGCAUAGCUGAUCCUCAGCCAAAUCCUACCGACGAAUACCGAGCCUGUAGCUCAUCUCCCUGUCAUCGGGCUAGCACUUGUGUUGAUCUUCCCGCCGCCACGUUCACUUGCGUUUGCGACGCAAACUUUACGGGGUCUCUUUGCGAAACCGAAGUGAUUUACAAACAAUACGACACCCCAGCUUUUCAUGGUCGCUCUUACGUCAAACUCAAACCGCUCAAAGCCUAUCACAAACUGAGCAUAGAAGUCGAGUUCAAAACGCACGCUUACGACGGACUCUUGCUCUACAACCAACAAAAGCCGGACGGCUUGGGCGACUUCGUUUCUUUGGCAAUCGUCGACGGUUUCGUCGAAUUCAAGUACAACCUCGGCAACGGACACGUGCUCAUACGCUCGGUCGACAAAAUUCAACUCGGAUAUUUCCACAGGGUCGUCAUUAAGAGGUAUCACAGGGACGGAAUUCUCAAAUUGGACGAAGGAGAAGACGUCGCGGGACAAGCCAGAGGCACGCUCAAAGCCCUCGACCUGUUGGAAGAUACGUACGUCGGCUUCGUCCCCUCUAACUACACAAGGGUAUACGAAAACAUCGGUACCGACAGAGGCCUGCGAGGAUGUAUCAGAAAACUGAAAAUCGGCCGUCGGCCCAUCGAGCUUCAUGUCAACAGAGACGACUGGGUGCUAGACACGCGAGGCGUAGCCGAGUGCGGCGACAACCCCUGCAAAUCCUCACCGUGCUCGAACCGCGGCGAUUGCGUCUUGGUCACCCCCGAGACCUACCAGUGCGAAUGCGAUCUCCACCACGUGGGCGAAUUUUGCGAAAAACCCAUCGAACCUUGCCGCUCCAACCCUUGCAAGUUCGGUUCCACGUGUACGGCGCUCAGCUCGGACGCUUACGUCUGCGAGUGUCCGGUCGGCCGUACGGGACCUCGCUGCGAAAUGGAAGAUAAAUAUGCAGGCAUUGUGAAUCCGGAAUUCAAUGGAUCGAGUUAUAUCCGACUUCCACGAUUAGAGGGAGUUAGAAAGAGUUUUUCGAUCGAGGUGUAUUUUAUGCCAAAAUCAGCUAAUGGUUUAAUAUUGUACAACGGUCAAAUGAAAAAUGGUCGCGGCGACUUUAUUUCGUUGAACUUGGCACGUGGUCAUUUACAAUUUAGAUUCAACUUAGGAAGCGGAAUAGCGAAUUUAACAACUAAAGAGACUGUAAAUAUUGGGAAGUGGCACUGGGCCCGUAUAUUUCGGGACGGACGAGAAGGAAUUUUACAAUUGGAUAAUUCUAGCAUAGUUCGUGGUUAUUCCGGCACGCCACUAACAGAACUUAAUCUGGAAUUGCCGUUCUACGUUGGAUCUUUAUCAGCGUGGGACGAAGUGCAUCGUUUAUCUGGCGCAUCUAAAGGAUAUAAGGGCGUAAUACAAAGGAUUCUCCUAAAUGGAAAACCCCUUCCCAUUUCGGGUAAAUUGCCGGAUUGCUCUUUUGAUUCUAAUAGGAACGGAUGCGCAUUCAAUGUCGGCUCAUAUGACGGAUUACCGUGUCCCAUUUCCAAAAAUCCUUGCUUAAAUAAUGGCCUAUGUAUACCAGAACUCGAUCAGUUUAUAUGCAAAUGUCCGCCCAACACAAAGGGAAAAUACUGCGAGAUAUCACAAGAGGAGACUCCCGCAAUUAAAUUUAACGGUGCCACUUUUCUCCAAUUUAGGAACCGGGGAUACAGAAGCCAUAAUUUCACUAACGACGACUAUCCUGACAACGACGAUGACGAUAUCGAUACCCUCGAAGAAGAGAUCGUCGACAAUAACACAUACGACACCUUCGACGAGGACGAAUAUUACAAUUUUGAUUUGUACGAUCCCACCAGAAGAAAGCCGGAACGCGGCAACCGAUACGAAAUUAAACUGCGCACAUUCGCUUCAGACUCUCUUCUGCUCUGGAGAAGCAAGAAUAGAAGCAUUAAAGAAGAUUAUUUUUCUAUAGCUAUGGUUAACGGUUAUCCGGAGAUUAGUUACAACUUGGGAAAACAGGAUGCGUUUUGGGCGAUCAGGUCCAAAACGAAAAUCGACGACGGCAAAUGGCACACGAUUCAAAUUAGGAGGAGAAAAAGGGCGGGAUUCAUAUCAAUCGACGGAGAGCCGCCGGUGAAAGGUAUAGCGAAGUAUGGUGCCAUAUCUUUAAGAACAAAUUCUAAAUUAUGGAUUGGAGGUACAACCACGCUACCUCAAGGAUUACCGUCGGCGUAUUACAAGGGAUUCGAAGGGUGUAUCCAACAUGUAUUAGUAAAUUCGAAACCCCUGGACAUGAUAUCAAAUAAUGAAUUAAAUAAAAUUCACUUCUGCCACGAUAACGAAAUUUAACAGAUGUAAAUUCAUUGCAUCAUAUGCAAUACUAAAACAUUUAAAACUGUGAGACUGAUAUUAUGUACUCCUCAAUUUUCCAUUUUAAAAAUUUAGCUUAGAGAUUAUAUGGUUGUAUAUAAAUGUACUGUUAAUAAUUACGUGCAGUUCUGUGUAGCAUUCAAACAGGUUUGAAACAUUGACUGCCAUUUACAAUAAACUUUGUAACAUAUCAAGUGUACAAAGAGUUUGACUUAAUCCAGUGCAUAUCUAAUCUUCGGGUUUUCGACGAAUUACAUGCAAGUUAAUAAGAUCAACUCACUUAACUUGCGAGUAAUUAAGUUAGAUGACUCUAACUUAAAGCCAUUCCAACUUGUACAAAAAUAUAUUUUGUUCCUAGUAGUUUGUAACUGAACUUACAACAUAUCUGUCAUAUCUCAUAUGGCAGUCAAUGUCCUAACUAAACAACAACAAAAAAAGACAGUUAGUAGAACUGUUUGCAAAGCUGUUUGUAUCUAGUCUUAUUUAUUUCGGAUUAAAUAAAUUAAGCCCUUUUUUUACGUAUAACGAUAUUAUGUAGGAAACAAUGUUAAACCUGCCAAUUCCAAGUAUAUGUUACGUGUUGUAAUUAUGUUAAAAUUUUAACGAUGUUCAAACCUUGACUAUUGGUACUAUUAAAUAAACCCUCAUAUUCGUUUUUAUGGCCAAUGUUGAAAUUUGUACAAUAUCUUCAAAUGUUUAGAUGUUACCCGGUUACAGUAACAACUGUGUGAAUCCAUAUCUGUAAGUACUGAUUAUGUCUGUUACUUGUUUUUCGGCAAUAAUUUUUAUGAAAGAACUACGCAUAUAAUAAGAGGAGUUAAUAUGCUUGUAUGUUAUGUAAAUAGCCAAUAAAUGAUAGUUAUUUUAGGUAAUGUUAAUUUAUAGCGAGAUUUUAUUACGUAUCAAGUUAGAUUGAAGAGCUAAAUUAAUUAUUAUAUGAUAAGUUUGUUUUAGUACUACUCAUAAUUUCUAUUGUAGACCUCUGUACGAUAAAUGCUACAAAAUAUAUUUUUUUC